UCUCCGUGUCGGCCUCGAUGCGAGACGCGCUCGGCCCAAUUGAUCGUUGACCCGACCUUCGCUUCUAAGCCUUCGCCUCGUUCCCAUUUCCUCAAAGUCGGCCCCCUCGGCGUGGCGUCGAACGAACCCUAACCCUAAGUCUUCCUCGAUCGAUCGGUUCCUUGGUGACAUGGGGAACACCGAGAAGCUGAUGAACCAGAUCAUGGAGCUCAAGUUCACGUCCAAGAGCCUGCAGCGGCAGGCGCGCAAGUGCGAGAAGGACGAGAAGUCCGAGAAACUCAAGGUCAAGAAGGCGAUCGAGAAGGGCAACAUGGACGGCGCCCGGAUCUACGCCGAGAACGCCAUCCGCAAGCGCACGGAGCAGAUGAAUUACCUCCGCCUCUCCUCCCGCCUCGACGCCGUCGUCGCCCGCCUCGACACCCAGGCCAAGAUGCAGGCCAUCGGCAAGUCUAUGGGAUCCAUCGUCAAGUCCCUCGACUCCGCCCUCACCUCCGGCAACCUCCAAAAGAUGUCCGAGACCAUGGACCAGUUCGAGCGACAGUUCGUCAACAUGGAGGUCCAGGCCGAGUUCAUGGAGGGCGCCAUGGCCGGGUCGACCAGCCUCUCCACCCCCGAGACCGAGGUCAACAGCCUCAUGCAGCAAGUUGCCGACGACUACGGCCUCGAGGUCUCCGUCGGCCUCCCGCAGGCGGCGUCUCACGCCAUCCCACCUGCCAAGGAGAAGGAGACCGUCGACGAGGAUGAUCUCUCCAGGCGCCUCGCUGAGCUCAAGGCCAGGGGUUAGCUCCUGUGCCAAGGUCCUUGGUUGUGCUCCUUAUAUUUGCUUAUAUUCAUGUAAAACCCACCUGCAAAUGGAACUUCCUAGAAAUGGGAUUAUUGAAAGGAAUCCACUUGCAGUUCAGCUACUGGCAUGGGACAUAGUGAUGCAUAUCAUGAAAGUGCUCUGCAUGCACUGCCAUUAUGUUGGUUUUACUGGAGGGUUGAGAUUUGCUGGAAUUCCUGUUUUCCUUAUAAAAUGCAAAUUGUGAAAGAGGGACCGAAUGUAUUUAGAUUUGGUUUAUUCUUCCCUUCCUGAUCCAUUCUGUUGUAUAUAUUUUGAUUAAGAAUCAGAUAUUCUUUGGACCAAAAAUCACAUCAUGUAAAGUUGGAAACUGUA